AUGGACAGGAUGAGAUUCAGCAGAGACGCUUCAAAGGAAAGCAAAGCUGGUUCUAUGACCCUGCAGAAGAAACUAGUGGAUAUUCGUCUUAAAGCAGAACAACCUGUUCCGGACCUGACAGAUUUCAUGAAUGACAUGUUCUUUGGGGUUGUGAACGCUGAGAAAAAAGCUUAUAACUUUACUGGCGGCGCUGGAAGUCAUGUCAUCGACGAGGAGGAUGAUUUUGAGUGCAGCAGCAGAAGCAACAGCAGCAGGCAGACACAAGAAUGGCUUGAAGAAGCCAGGCGCAUGGUGUCUUCAUCUCCUUCACGCUGUGACUCUCCCUCUAGGCCGCUUGUUGGGUCACCCAGAUUUGCAGCUGCUCAUGGAAGUCCCUCUUUGCUUGAUCGAAGAGACCCUCUCUCUAGGUCUGCCAGAAGGAACAGGGCAGUGGAGAGCUUCAGCGGAGAGAUCCUCUCGAAAUCAGCAAAGCACACUCGCAACAACUCAGAAACCCUUAACAACACACCACCUUCAGAUCACUUAUCCCCUGCUUCGGCCGUCAACAAAUGGUUCUCGAACAUCCUCAAGCCCUCCAAUCCCACACACAAUCCAGACCCCACUCCCGAACUGUCAGCCUCAGCUCCGCCGACUCCUCGCCAGUCCAUGCCCCGAAAGUCCCGCUUCCAGACCGACCCUUCUUCUCCUCGCCCGCAGGGGAUCCCCACUCCCACCUCCCGCCGGACGUUCAAGAACUCCACGGCGUUGCCGGAUACCCAGCUCCUCCCUCCGUCAAAAGACGCCAGCGAGUCGACGCACCGUAGAACGGUGUCGUCUUCGACGACAUGUUCUUUUCCAGAGAACCAUGUUCUUUCGCCGCCGAGAAACCUCGUGGAGUCCGCGCACCGGAGGUCUAUAUCCUCAUCGACUUGUUCGAUGGAGAGGAUAGCACGGAAACCCAAUAUUAAAAAUGGGGGAUUGAAAGAAGAGAAAGAAGCUCCUGAUCUCACUAGUCUUAAUGUGUUUUUAAAAGAGCAGAGAAUCAAGCUUGAGAAAAUCUCGAAUGAGGAGAUUAAGGCGAAGGCAAAAAUGGUGCUCUCUGGGCCUUCAAACAGUACAAGUUCGAUGGUGGCGGCGAUAUGUUAUGCUUGGCUAUUGGAGAAUCAGAGGAGUAAGAAUAAGGAUAAGGGAGAAGGUGAUGGAGAGGGCUUUGUGGUGGUGCCUGUGAUGAAUAUGAGCAGAGAGAGUAUGUGGAAGCAUAAGCAGGCUGCUUGGCUAUUUUAUCACGUGGGUGUUGAUGCAACCUCAUUGCUCUUUGCUGAUGAGGUGGACCUGGAGAGUCGAAUGAUGGCUGGACAAUUAAACGUUCUUGUGGUAGGACAAGAUGUCCUCAGAACUAAUGGCGAGGUAGGAUCCCAGUGCACCAUUCUUACAGAUAAUUACUGCGAAAAUGCCUAUGAUCUUCUCCAAACCACUGUGCUGAAGAAACUUUUGCUUGCAGGUAUCCUAUUAGACACAAAGAAUUUGAGUGCAUAUGAUAAAUCAUCUAUGACUAGAGAUUCAGAGGCAGUCCAGUUGCUAUUGGUUGGCACAGCCCCCAAUUACAGAUAUGCUAUUUUUGAUCAGUUAAUUCAAGAUCAAAUAGACAAAUCUUUUCUUGAAGCUUUGCAGCAGAGCUAUGGGAAACGUCCUUACGAAGGUGACCAAAAUGGUGUGGCACGUCUGGAGCAAGGGGUUCUAGAGAGAAAGUCGGCCACAAUAUCUGACCAUGAAGACAUCAAAAUUCAUUUUGAUAAGAAUCCUAGCAAAAUGAGAAGUUCAAAACCUAACAAGGUUUCACCCAAAUCAGAUAAACCUAGGUCAUUACCAGUGCAACCUCCUUCAACAGCACCUUCACAAAAAUCAUCUGAUGGCAGCUCCCAUGGAAAGCCUGUGUUCUUCCUAGCAAAAUGGUUUGGUUUUGGACCAAAAUGAAC